AUGGCCGCGAACCAAAUCAAAACAAUCGUCGCUACAGGCGUCAGCUCGGGUCUGGGAUUCGAGGCAAUCAAGCAACUCUUGUCCUCGACGGCGCAACCAUACCGCGUCAUCCUCGGAGCGCGCAACCCCUCAGCCGCCAAGGAGGCCUUUGACGCGCUCAAGUACGACACGGCGACGCACCGUUUGGAUGUUCUUCCGCUGCAGCUGAACGAUCUCGGCACUGUCCGCAGCUUCGCCAAAGACACGCUGGACGGGCUCGGUUCAGACCCAAUCAACCAUCUCUUCCUCAACGCCGCCGUCGCGUAUGCUGCCGAGCGCAAGGCCCCCAAGGGCAGCGGCAAGUGGUGCGAGAGCUAUGUCGUCAACCACCUGAGCCAGCACUACCUGACCCAUCUGCUGCGGGAGAAGCUGAUCGAGUCGAAGACGAGGGUAGUUUUUGUAUCGUCGGGAGCUUUUGACCAGGUAUCCGACCCGAGCAAGCUCAAAACGAUCCUCAAGGCCGGAUCCGAUGCCGCUGCCAUGAAGACGUACCCGGCAACCAAAUUCACGCAGCUGCUCAACGCGCACUGGUGGAGCCGUCAGCUCCGCCCACAGGGCUGCACCCUGGUUGCGGUAUCGCCGGGCUUCAUCCCGUCGACUGGUCUGGCACGCGAGACGGACUUUGGGGAAAAGUUCAAGAGCCUCCCCGGCGGCAAGUCUAUCCAAGAGGGCGCGGCCAGUCUUUUGGCGGCGUUUACGAGAAACGAUCUCCCCCAAGACCCAGACUUGAUCUUCCUUACCAGCUGGGGUGAGUGGUGGGGUCGCGACAAGUUGGAGAAGACGCUGGAUAAGGGCUUGCAGGAUAAGUGGAGUCCCGGACGGGAAGAGAUUGAGGCGGAGGAGGGGCUUUUGUAA